AUGCCCGCCGUGGACAAGCUCCUGCUAGAGGAGGCGUUGCAGGACAGCCCCCAGGUACCUCUCGCAGCCCUGGCCUCCCUCGCCCGCGGGGGUGAGAACCUGGAGGCCCCACCAUCCCCCGGUUUUAUGACUCGCUCUUUACUGAGCGUAUUUGAAGAAGAUGCAGGCACCCUCACAGAUUAUACGAACCAGCUGCUCCAGGCCAUGCAGCGAGUUUAUGGAGCCCAGAAUGAAAUGUGCCUGGCCACUCAACAGCUUUCUAAACAACUGCUGGCAUAUGAAAAACAGAACUUUGCUCUUGGCAAAGGAGAUGAAGAAGUAAUUUCUACACUUCACCACUUUUCUAAAGUGGUGGAUGAGCUUAACAUCCUCCACACGGAGCUGACGAAACAGUUGGCAGACACGAUGGUUCUGCAUAUUAUACAAUUUCGAGAGAAGGAUCUCACAGAAGUAAGCACUUUAAAGGAUCUCUUUGGACUUGCCAGUAAUGAGCAUGACCUCUCGAUGGCCAAGUAUAGCAGGCUGCCCAAAAAAAAGGAGAAUGAGAAGGUGAAGGCGGAGGUCGUCAAGGAGGUAGCUGCAGCCCGGCGGAAGCAGCACCUCUCAUCUCUCCAGUAUUACUGCGCCCUCAACGCACUGCAGUUCAGGAAGCGGAUCGCCAUGAUGGAGCCCAUGAUGGGCUUUGCCCGUGGCCAGAUUAACUUCUUUAAGAAGGGAGCAGAGAUGUUUUCCAAACGCAUGGACAGCUUGCUGUCGUCCGCUGCAGACAUGGUUCAGAGCAUUCAGGUGGAACUGGAAGCCGAAGCAGAAAAGAUGCGCGUGUCCCAGCAAGAGUUACUCUCUGUUGAUGAAUCUGUUUAUACACCAGACUCCGAUGUCGCCGCCCCGCAGAUCAACAGGAACCUCAUCCAGAAGGCUGGCUACCUUAAUCUUAGAACUAAAACAGGGCUGGUCACCACCACCUGGGAGCGACUGUACUUCUUCACCCAGGGCGGGAAUCUCAUGUGCCAGCCCAGGGGGGCCGUGGCCGGAGGUCUGAUCCAGGACCUGGACAACUGCUCGGUGAUGGCGGUGGACUGUGAGGACCGGCGUUACUGCUUCCAGAUCACCACGCCAAAUGGAAAAUCGGGAAUAAUUCUCCAGGCAGAGAGCAGGAAGGAAAACGACGAGUGGAUAUGUGCAAUCAACAACAUCUCAAGACAGAUCUACCUGACUGACAACCCAGAGGCGGUUGCCAUCAAGUUGAAUCAGACAGCGCUGGAAGCAGUGACUCCCAUCACAAGCUUUGGGAGAAAACAAGAACCCGUGUGCCCCAGUCAGAACCUGAAAAAUUCGGAGCUGGAAAAUGACAAGGUUGUGCCCAGAGUAACGGCCAGUAUCCCCGAAGCCGAGCAACUGAUAGCACCUGGAACACCUAUUCAGUUCGAUAUUGUUCUUCCUGCCACAGAAUUCCUUGACCAGAACAGAGGGAGCAGGCGGAUCAACCCUUUUGGUGAGACUGAGGACGAAACGUUUCCAGAAGCAGAAGAUUCUCUGUUGCAGCAGAUGUUCAUAGUGCGGUUUCUGGGAUCAAUGGCAGUUAAAACAGACAGCACCACGGAAGUGAUUUAUGAAGCCAUGAGACAAGUACUGGCCGCCCGGGCCAUUCAUAACAUCUUCCGCAUGACAGAAUCCCAUCUGAUGGUCACGAGCCAGACCCUGAGGUUGAUAGAUCCUCAGACUCAAGUAACAAGGGCCAAUUUUGAACUUACCAGCAUCACACAGUUUGCCGCUCAUCAAGAAAACAAGAGACUGGUUGGCUUCGUCAUCCGCAUCCCGGAAUCCACAGGAGAGGCAUCUCUGAGCACAUAUAUUUUUGAAAGUAACUCAGAAGGCGAAAAGAUAUGUUAUGCUAUUAAUUUGGGAAAAGAAAUUAUUGAGGUUCAGAAGGACCCAGAAGCGCUGGCUCAAUUAAUGCUGUCUAUACCACUAACCAAUGAUGGAAAAUUUGUACUCUUAAACGAUCAACCAGAUGACACUGAUGGAAGCUCACGUGAAAACAGAGGCGCAGAGUCUGAAGCGUAA